CCGACCAUGAAAUCUGCCUUGUAUCCUACGUCUUGUUUUCCUCCAUUAAUCGAUGCUGUUUCCCAAGUUACCAUACCCUAAGGCUGCCCCUCCCUGCUACAACGGCUGAAGAUGCUGCUCUCUGUCCGCCAUCUUCUCUCGUUCUGGCUGCUUGUGUUCUCAAUUCCCCUAACAUCCACGUCUGCACUUGUGGCCCCAGGCUCUAGCUAUGGACCAGACCUCGAUGCUGCCCGCCGAAAUGCCUUCCACAUAUUUAAUGUAAUCCACUGCGCGAUGAGACAAUGGGGCUCCUCGGUGAAUCACAACGGAGUCUCUUUCUUCCUCGCUACAGUCCCCGAAGGCAAUCUCUUCUAUCACGGAAGUUCUUCCCCUGACCGCCCCGACAGCUUCGAGUGGCUGGCCUUCGAAGUGGAACACGCGUCCGGGUUUGCGCUAUCAGGGGAUCCAAGGAUGCCACCGCCUGGUCUACCGCGUCCAACCAAUAAACCAGAUACAUUCAGCUGGCAGCCGUCAUAUUCAGAGAUCAGCGGGACCCAGAUGUCACCGACGCAGGAAUCGCAUGUCACAGAAGACUCGAGCGCCCAGAACCGCCUCAUUGAGGACGAUGACAGAGGGAAGCACAGUCCCCCACCAACCUCUCGCGGCUACUUCCAAACUUACCGCGCCUCGCGUCCUCUCAAAUUAAUCUACAUCGACGGGAUGGGCGCCGCCGAAGGCUGCUGGGGAACCACGGACUCACAAGAUUUACUGCUCUUAGGACUUUCCCGGAACUUCACAGACGGACCCCGUCUCGGGGAUACAGUUUACGGCAGACUCCUCUGUGAACUGGCUAAAGAAUGGGGAGUCGACGGCUGGGUACGCAUGGAAACCGGGUUCGAAAUCAUCUACUGCGAUUUUGCUUCUGGUGGUGGACUGGAGUUUGUAAGCCAGCACGGCAGUGCGUUUCCUAACGAGACUGAAAAUUCGCAGUGGGAGGUUAAGACACUAUUGUUUGAGCUACUGCGAGCUGCGGCGAAGAGACAUGAUGGGUUUAGUAGCGGGAGGAUUAGGAUUGAUUGGUCCAGUAUGGUAACUGCGUUUGCGUAUGAUGUGAAUACCACGAAUCCAGAUUUAGAGAGGCAAGACCUCCCGCGUCUUAUUGAGGUCACGAAGGAAGAAAAAGAGGAUAUUGGGGCGCGAUUUGGGGAGGUUGUUGCGUCACGGAAACACGGAGUGAAUCCGAUGAUAGACUGGCAGAACAUCGUCGACGAUAUUGUUACCCGCUUCUCUGACCGGCUAAAUUUCAUCACCCACGGCAAUCUGUCAGUAGAAAUGCUGUGGGGUGAGGUCAGUACGCUACUCAACCCGUUCCUGAACUUUCCGGAGGAUAGGAAUGCCUCGACACCUUCACCCAUAGGAGUCACGCUGUGCACGAAUCACUACCUCAAUGCUGCGAUGAUGAGAAGGGACAUUUGGACACUUGAGGAUACAGCAAAUUUUAUCGCCGUUAAGGUAGUAGCAGACAAGAUUUGCUCAAGUUUGUUUCAGAUUCGGACUCUUCUCAGUUCUGCUCGAGUCGGCGAGGAAUCUGCCCUGCUCAAGAGUCGAACAAUUGCGGGUACCCUGAUGGAUCAGUUACAAUGGACGACCUGGAAGGGAUGUGGCCGUUGUGCCAGUUCUUGGCAGUUUUGUUUUAUUCCUAUGUUCCCGACGGGAAGUGUCGAGGAUUACUACUCUCCCAACUGCAAAGGGCUGGAUGAUAUGGACGAUGUCGUUAAGGGGUGUUAUUGGGCUGGGGUAGUCCCUUGUUAAUUGGUGUGAGCCACGUGGUGAGUCACGUAAUUGAUUUAUCUAUUAUGAGUAUCAUCCUACCUAACUUUUAGUAUUGGAGCUGUCAGAAUAGGUCACCUUUAACAGGUUUAGCCGGUCAAGGGACAACUAUUAGCAGUCGAUGGGUUGGAAAUUCAGCUGGUCCUGAAUGAGCUGAAAGCUCAGCUCGACAGGGUUCUUAUUGUUCAAGGAGUUGUUAUCACGGUUAUCUAUAAUUACAAGCUCAGGAGCCUGCCUGCGGUUACAAGAGGGAAUAAGGGAAAACACGUCAGAUAACCGAACACUGUUUAUUGCACAUAACUAGCCAUUAUACUAAUUCUGGAAGUUCUAAAGCUUAUCUCUACUAAUACUGGGACCUUAUAGGCUGGGGGCACGCAGUCGUGCGAAGCGCAUUUAUAUUUAGAGCAUAUUAUAUUUGGAGUGCAUUCACGUGCGAAGCGUAUUCAUAUGCGG